AUGACUCAACUACCUCCUUACGACGCAAAGGAGCAGCUGGUCUACUCCAAGCUCCCUCCAGAUGUUUGCACUCCAUACCCUAUCUUUAAGGCUGACGCCAGCCACCCUGCAGAGGAAACUCAUUUCAGCCGCAUGCAUGCACGAUCACUACCCAAUGCUCCUGACCACCUUCCAGUUCAGCUCCCUCUUCAUCACAACGGUCCGGAGGAGACAGAGUCUGGAGAUCAAGGGAAAGCCUUGCACAUAUCUAUGGCAGAGUUCACUAAGGUAAUCAAGAAGCUCCUCAGCAGCAAGGUGGCUAGAGUAGAUGACAUUUGCCCUGAGAUGCAGAAGGCUCUGGACAUUGUAUCUGGCUUGGUUGACACCACUCUUCAAUGUCACUGCUCAGCCUCCUGGGGGAAAGCCUAUUUCAGGGUGCUGGAAAGGAGGGUGGAGCCUGCUGGAAUCCGAUGGUUGAGACCAGGUCUGAGGAAGUAUUCCUGUGAACUCACACUCGACACAAACACAGUGAACACAAACCUCAAACUGUCUGACAACAACAGGUCAGUGACAUGGCUGGAGGAGGAGCAGUCAUACCCUGAUCAUCCAGACAGAUUUGACCGGUGGCCUCAGCUGCUGUGUAGAACUGGUCUGACUGGCCGCUGUUACUGGGAGGUUGAGUGGAAAGGAUUGGUUCAUAUAUCAUUGAGCUACAGAGGAAUUAGCAGGAAAGGAAACAGUAAAGACUGUGUGUUUGGAAUGAGUGAUAAGUCAUGGAGUCUGAGAUGCUCUGAUGGUGGUUACUUUUACUGGCACAAUAACACACAAAGAUCCAUCUCCUCCUAUUCCCCUUCCUCCUCUUCCUGCCCCUCCAUCUCUAACAGAGUAGCAGUGUAUUUGGACUUUCCUGCUGGCACUCUGUCCUUCUACAGAGUCUCCUCUGACACACUGAUCCACCUCCACACCCUCAACACCACAUUCACUGAACCUCUGUAUCCUGGGUUUAGGUUCUGGUGGUCUGGUUCCUCAGUGUCUCUGUGUUCAGUGUAGCAUAGAGUCUUCUUCUGUUAGAGAAACUUUGUCAUUGUUGAACAGGUAGUUCAGUCUGUACAUGUCUGUCUCUUUCACCCACACACAUUUUCAGAUUAAUGUAUUAAGUCAGUUUAUUUUUUAAACUCCUCUUCAUUGUAAAUCUAUUCCUCUUCCAGUCCUUCAAAGACAGAAGCUACAAUUAUUACAGGAUAAAAAUGAUUUGACUGAAUGUUUUGUUUUGACUCUCCUGUUGACUACUUUUUUUUAAGAUGUUGAAUCUCAUUAUCUUGUCAUUUCAUAAUAAAAGCAUCACAGUGCAGUGUGUGGUCUUCCUCUGAAUCUGAGGACAAUGAAAUACUUAGGAAGUAAUGCCACAGUUUGUUUGAAAGGUCUGAGAAAAGACAAGACAGUCAAUGAAAAUGGUCCCUAGGAUCUCAGUGUUUCACAAAAGAUAAACCUGUCAAAUAGUCAGGUUUAUGUCCAGAGCAAAGACUGAAACGUUAUAAGAAAUUAAGUU